AUGGCGCCGGCGCUGGCGAGUGCCGGACAGGCCCUCACCGGCACGCAGACUGUCGAUGUUAUCGACACCGACGUCUUCCCCAGCGCUGCGGAUGGCCCCCUCGCUGAGGGAGCCCGCAUCUUUGCUCGCCUCGCCAAACGAACCAACGAUCCGUCCAAGGGCGUGCUCGACCCCCAUGACAUCAACAAUGCCGGCUUCUUCUUUCUUUUCGCGCUCAUUGGCGUUGCCUUUGUCGUAACGGGCAUCUGGUUCUUCUUCUGGGCCAAGAACGGCGGCAUCCACUUCAAGGACGACGAUUGGGACGACUACAAAUCCACGGUUAUGCGUCGCAAGGGACCCAAUGGAACGAUUCUCUCCAACGCUACCCGCUCGACGAAUCUGGGCGGUGGAAGUGUCUACAAGCGCUAUGACGACCACGAGGAUGACGGCCACACUGUAAUCACGGAAAGCACUGCUCUGAGCGGCAUCACUGCCGGCGCGAGUGACAUUUUUGCUCGCGAGAAGCGCAAGAAGAAGAGGGAAGCCCGAGAGGCUGAGCGCAGAAAGCGACGCGGUGAAAAGGGCAAAAGCACCAGCUCCAACGAAUUCGAGGGCGUCGUGGAUGAAAAGGCAGAGCGAGAUGCCAAGAAGUUUCUGCGCAACUACCGUCACGAAAAGCCCGCCCGCGUCGGCGGAAUCAACAAAGACGCUGAAGGCUCGGAAUGGGAAGGAUCCACAAACGCGGGUGAAUCUUCUGUCGGCGCAACGUCCGAACUACUUGCUAACCAGGAACCAACACCUACUUCUGAUCCUCCUCCCAAGUCUGAACCUCCCAAGACCAGGAGCGGCGGUAUUCGAAAGGUGUACUCGACUGCGGACCGGAGAGAGAACAGGGAAUCCGAGAAACUGCGUGCCGAGGCUCGACGAGCGAGAGCAGCUGACAAGGUGGCCCAACGAGACUUUGCUUACCAGCGAGCUACCGGCGCGGCUACUGACAGCCAGUUGAGCGAGAGUUUGCUGUCUGGCACUGCUAGUGGCAGCGGUGGUUCAACUACUCUUGGUGAGAGUAUCCCUGAGGAGGGCGAGAGUGAGGUCGGCACCAAGAGCUACCACCACCCGUUGCCUGAGCUGAAGGAGCAGAGGAGGAGAGAGCGAGAGGAGCGCAGGGCGAGACGUACUAAGAGCGGUUAUCGACGCACAAACACCGAUGAGAAUUCCGAGAUUUGA